UUGGAAGUCUCCCAAAAAUGCAGGAAAGCUGUAAAAGCUAUCUUGAAGGCAAACGAACAACUUAAGCUUGACUUCGCGGCAUCGAAUAACGUAUGGUAGAAGCAAUAGAAAAAGAUGACUAUGUUCAUACUCAAUGUUCGUCGUUCGUCAAGAAACAUUUGAAGCGUUCCUCAGUUGAUAAAACCCCUCGUAUCAAGGUUGACAUCAGAGUGCGGAAGGAUGAUAUUCAAAAUGAAUCUGACCAACAGAUAAUCGAAGUCGUCGGUUGCAGAGCAAACGAUACCUUAGAUAUCGUCCUGCUGUCGAUGAGAUUGGAUAUCAGUAGUCCUCAAUUACGAGACAAUCCCCAUUUCUACGAUCGGUUAUUGCCCCAAACCCUCCAAGGAGUCGAAAGCUUGGCAAAGAGAUUCCUUCCUUUCCACAGCGUCCUUUCCGACCUAGACAUCCCACAAGGAGUAAAUUACCUGGUGUUGUACUGUCUGCCUGAUACUAUCCUGCUCCGCGCCGUUACAGUACGGAGGUCCUUUGGUAAUAUCUGGAAUGUAAAUGGGAGUUUCAUCUUGAAAGGUCAUGAAUUUUAUUGUCUUAUCUAUAGCACGCUAACUGUCGUUUUUCAGAUACCGUUGGAGGCCAUCACAAACCGGCUGAGAUAUUCAAGGAUAUCUCUCUUGCCAAUGCCGAAAUCAUCAGAAAACCCUUGCGAUCGAAUUCAGGGUCCGUAAUGAAGACCAGUGAGUGGUACGCACUACUACAGAGGGUGUGCACAGGUCUUUCAGAGAUGAGUCAGGGAUAUGUUGGAUAGUCGAAGCACCCGA